CACACGCCAAAGUACACCUGCACACCUGUGUGAAGCCAUUCCUUCCGCAGGACACAUGAGAGAUGGUUAAGAAGUGGAGUCAAGAAAAUGCAACGGAACCCAGAAGAGAUUUAUUAUUUAAAAGUUGUUUUUGGCAUCGACUCUGGUUUUUUCAGGAUUUUAUCGUUUCUUUGAGUGAGUUUAUUAUAUAUUGCUUUUGUUGACAAUACCCAACAUAGCAGCGGCUGACACAGACAGGGACCUUGGUAUUCUCCGCGGCCGACGUACCUGAUGAAGAUGUGGUCUGCGGACGUCAUCAUCCUCCUGCUGUUCUGCUACGCUUGUCUUUCAACUGGAGAUGGAGAAGUGCGUUUUGUCUCGAAGAACUUUCACAAUGUACUCCACUGGGACGCUGUGGAGCCGACCUCCGCAGGGGAACAGGUGCUCUACAGUGUCCAGUACCAGAGGUAUGCUGGAGAGCAGUUCCAGAUGAAACAAGAGUGUCAGAACAUCAGCGCUCUGACCUGUGACCUGACUGCGGAAACGCCAUCGGUUCCCGACGUUCAUUACAACGCCAAGGUGCUCGUUAACGGCCACAUGCUUGGCCGCACCAGCGCCAGGUUCAAACCUAUAGCAGAGACCACUCUGGGUGCCCCCAACUUGUCCACACACGCAACGGUGUCCUCCCUGUUUGUUAAUGUCACUCUGCCCUUGGGGCCAAAUGGAGUCUCCGUGGCGGAAAUCAUCAACAACAGCAAAAGCGGGCCGUCCCAAACUGUGAUUGAAUAUACCUUAAAGAUCACAGAGCCAAAGUGGGCUGAGUUGGUCAGUGAAGGCACCACCGGCCACUUUGUCAUCAACCUGAAGAACAACCGAACAAAAUACUGCGGCCAUGUGGUCUACAAGCCUUUUUCUGAAUGGGGCCGCGCCCUGAGUGAAGAGGCCUCGUUCUGCGUCACAUUACCAGAUAACCCACAGAUGCUUUCACCGUGGCUUUUCGCAAUUGCUGCUCUUCUGGUGGCCGUCGUCACGAUGUCAGUCGCGUGGACGUGCUAUUAUGUGAAGGGUGGAAAGAAAACCAUCAUGCCACGAUCACUGGUAACAUCCAGCACCUCCAAGCAUCAAGUACUGCAAUCUCCAGACCGCCGUAUCAUCAUUGAUAUACUGGUGGUCUGCAGUCCAAGUGACAAAUCAGGGGGCUACUCACCCCAGGACAUGCCCUUCCAGGCCUGGCAAGACAACACCGGGACAUCUGAGGACAAUGGUGAACACAGUCCAACCUCAAAUCACCCGGAAACGAGCGGCCAGUCCUCAGAAAUCUACAGUUCAGUGGCUGUUCACAUACCUGCGGAUGGGAAUCAAGAUGUUCAGCAGUUUGCCAACACAGAGACCUGGAACCUACCUUCCAGAUCAGAACCCUGGGAUAAAGGUGGUUUAAAGCCAGUGUCACCUCGAGUACCACCAUUACUGGAUGCUUGUGAGAGCAAUGCCGCCAUACCUCUGCUGUUGCACACGGUGCGUGACCCCAACGGACAACUGAUGCUGCCUUCGCUCAAUCCUCAGUUACAGAGCUGCACAGGUGACAGUGGGAGAACACCGUUAUUAUCGUCCUUCAUAGACUCUAAGGAGGAACGACCAUUGUUAGCAUCACUGCACAGCUUCGACAGCUCGGAUUGGUCGGACUCCGGGUGUGAUGACGGCACUGCGAACACACCAACCCAGCCAUAUGCUAACAGCCAUUAUAUCACAUCUCACGCAUCUGUUCCACAUGUGAAUCUGCAAUGUCAGAACGCGCCAUUUUGUGACGCCACAUUCGAAUCAGGUUACAAACAAAACUGGACUCCUGAAAUCCUUCAUGAAGCUGCGUCCAAAGACAUUUGUGGACACACAUGGACAAACUAUCGUAGAAACUGGACUCCUCCCAAAGAGGAGGAGGAGGAGGAGGGUGAAGAAGAUGAUGACAGGGGAGAGGAGAGAUCGAGGCAAAUUGUUCUGGGGAGUUGGUUGGUACAACUUCAAGAAUAGUUCUCUUCUCUAUAAUCGUUUAAGAAAAACAUUGGGUCAACAAAUGUGGAGAUGUUUUCAUUCCAGUAGCCUUAAUAACAAAAGAGGGAGGAGACAGUGGAUGGGAUGGGCACUUAAUGACUACAUAACUCAGCAGAUGAAUGCUUUUCAUACUUGUAUGUAUGAACCAGCCAAGUUGCAAGAGUCAUAAUGUCGUAAUGUCCCUUUGUUUUUCUUUUGUUCCCGGGUUUUGGAGUUGAAUGAUGGUCAGAAAAGUAUUUUUUUGUAGAAUAUGUCAGAGUGAAGUUGACCUUUGACUUUAUUUUAUCUCAUUAGUCAUUUCUCUGUCAUAUUUGGUGAAGUAAUUAGACCUUUCACCACCAAAAUCAAAAAAAUGUUUGUGUCGAGGCUGGAGGAAAGUCAGGAAAGCAUCACCUUCAUGAGAACGGGACCGAUGGACGGACCAUGUGAAAUCAUUACGCCUCUGAAGUACAAUUAACAACAGCCCAAACUUUUCAAAUAUCACAGUGAUGACACAUGACAGAAACUUCUUACAGAAACUUCUUACACUCCCUAAAGACACCAACCCUGUCUGGUCACUUUAAAAUGACAGCGUGAGCAAUCAGCCUUGGCUCAGAUAUGAAAACAAGUCUGUUGCCGAGUCUGUUGAGCCGUUUGAAAGAGGAAUAAAAUGACUGAAUAUUUAAACUAAAAUAUUCUUAUUUUUACACUCACCAACACAUGUCAGUAUUAUAAAUAAUGUAUGGAAAGCAAAAAAAAUCCGAUUAAAUCUGUGCUAUUGUACUAAAGUAUUGUAACGUGAAAAUAUGUAUAUUUUUGUGUGACUCAAAGUUCAUGACCUCAUUUUGUUCUCCUCGUUGUUUGCUGUUCUGUCUUUGUAAGAAAAUACAGCCUGUUAAACUUUAUGAUGAGGUGGGGUCAUGGUGCAGCCGCAGCUACAGUGAUAAGAGCUUUGGUUUUUAAAUGGCCUCAACACAAUCUCUUGUUCGCAACUUGUAAAGUAAUAAUGUCAGGUGUGUUCGGUGUGAUUCAGUCACACUCGAGUCACCUGUCUGCUGUGAAGUGUCUGCUUGAUGUAAAUGACUGAAUGCAAUUAUCAUUACAUUUGUUUUAUUCUGUAUUUAAAGUUUCGACUUACUACUGUACCAAAUGUUUAUGUUGGAAGGGUUGACUUGCAUCUAAAGAUAUUUACAACAACAACAAAUAACAUGACAUUGCUUUUUUGAACUGAAGUAUAUUAAUUAAAUUACUUAAUUUUGGAAAAUAA